AUGACCAUCUUCACUGUUUUGCCAAGCAGCACGGCUUCUGCUUCGAAUAGAAGGUUGUUGCCCAGAGCAGACUCCACCACAAAAUCUUCAUCCUCAUCCUCGUCCAGAUCUUCAUCGUCUACUUCUUCCUCAAGCAAUCGGAAGCCUGCUGAUGCUAACCAGUCAACGGCAGUAAUAGUGGCCGUUGUAGUACCAGUGGUAGUGGUUGGAGUUAUUCUCGCGUUUGUUCUUUGGAAAGUAUGGCAAAGAGGUAAAAAAGAGGCUCGUGAAGAUGACGAUCCAGACUUUGAUGGCGAUGGUCUCGAUCUACCGUCAAUAGAUCAUACCUAUCAAAUGAGGGAACGAAGCAUGCCUGGAACCACUUCAGACAGCAAUUUCGAUGAUCUCGAGUCGAAGGGCCAAAGUCAUGUCAUGACAUCCUACCAAAAUCCACUUGGUCACAAGAACUUUCCAUUGGAUCCAUUUCAUUUGCCUAACGGCGAUGACACCGAAGAACUUAGAUCUUUUGCGCGCUCUAUUCAAAACCGUGAGCUCGACGGAUAUAGGCUGGCAUCUCAAAAUCCAAGCGAAAUAUCUCUUUCUCGCCCAAAUAGUGAGUUUCAGAAACCGCAAGUUUUAGCUCGGAAUCAGAGGGCCAACUCUUUUACUAGCAGUAACAUGCAUUCAGUUGAGUCGGUUCCUAAUUGGGCUAAUAACGAGGAAGAUCAGUCCAUUUCUGAUUACAAAUAUAAAGGAGAUCAAACCACACAAAUAAGCCAGGAUAUCGGGGAUAGCACAUCGGAAAUUGAAAGCAGUCCGAUCAAGCAUGCUCACACAGAAGUCCAACAAGGCUUUGUUACGAAUAGCGUGGGUUUGGACCCCGAGAAGAGUGCUAGGGACAGUAGAUCAUUCAGUAUUGAUGCAGAAAAUUUUGCGGACCCCAUUCACGAUGUAUCUAGCCGAGAAGUAGACACAAACAUCCAGCAGGACGAAAAUGAUGAGUACUUGACCAGUAAAGAAGAAGAAAACAUUAAAAGAAUGAAAAGCAUUUAUGAGGUCUACCUGGAUAGGAAUGGUACUGUUAGAACACUCAAGCCCUCUUCGAACGGAGAAGCAGGUGAGACCGAACCUAUCUCAGGAGGAUUUGCUGCCUCGGAGUCUCUUCCAGCGGAGGCUGUAUCUAAAAUAAACCAUGCUGCAGGAACACAAAAAGCUCUAGAGUCACAGUUUAACGCCAGCGGAACUUUUCCAUUUGAAGAGCAAGUAGGAUUGCAGGUUCCCGACCAAGAAAAGCAGAAAGGUUCUGGCAGGAGAGCAGUCUCAUCAAUUUAUUCCGAGAUGCCAACUUACCCACCCCAGUCUGCGCAGCCUGAGUACAAUCAGGAGGAACAACCAAUUCAGGAAAAUUCCCAGUUGCAGUAUCAGCCACAGUAUCAACCUCAGUAUCCAACUCAGUACCAACAUCAGUAUCCAGCGCAAUACUACAAUGAUCCGAACACGCCUCAGGCCUACGCCAACGAAGCGUAUGCACCUCAACAAUAUUAUCAUCCUCAAGCGCUGGAGAACAUCGAAGAGCUGCCCAAUCCAUCAAAUCUCCCAUUCUCUGCAUCUACAUCAUCACUGACCUCAUACAAGAAGGUCGGAAAAUCAUUGUUUCCUGGUGGAAUGUCGACUUACAACGGUACUUCUCUCAAUCCCAUUGACCAUCCAGAGUUGUUUUACAAUCAAAUGUCGGGAGCCAAUGAUUCUCAAUCUGGAAUCGGUCAAGAGACUACUGGUCACAAUCAAAUUUUACCACAUCAUCUAAGACAAAGUAUAGUGAUGACCAACCCAGCAGACUUAACAUUUGCAAAAUUACACAAGCCUGCUGGUUCAUUUAGGAACAUUAGCGCCGCAAACUCCAGGAACAAUAGUAUGACUUCACAGCACAGCAUCCAGCAGUAUCAGUCGCAACUAGCUCAUCAAAGGGUGAGUGGCAUACUCGAUGAUCAUGAAGUCAUGCACCCUCCCAAAAUGGGUGGCAUUUUGCCUCAUAAUGGAUCACAUGAUGAUUUGAGGAGGCAACUGGGCUCUUCGGACAACUACAAUGUGUCAUAA